CCCUCUCUGUGUCGGUCAGUCUCCUGCAGUCUCUCGGAUGGAUGGUGUCGGUUGCCCCGGUUCUUUUCCUCUGAUCUCUCUCCCAGGCCCACAGCCGGCAUUGCAGUGAUCGGCAGCCCGGCUCUGCCCUCCAUCCCCCCGGAGCGGUGCCCGGGGCUCUGCACCUUGCACGGCUCGGAGGAUGAAGCCCCCCAGGACGGAGGGGGCAGGUGAGGGCCGCUGACCCCGCUGGGAGGGGAUUGUUUUUUAUUGGAUGUGCUUUGAAUUGGAGUCAUGCCUGAUGGUGGAGAUCCCCGGCUGAGGACAUGAUGGCAGCAGAAUAAGGAUCCCUCCAGAGACCCCCGGAGAUCCAGCCUGCUGGGACCCAUGAGGAUGGAUGGGGACCCUCAUUUGACUGCCUGGGGCGGCUUGGACACUGAGCCCCUGGGGGGGCAGAGAGCGAUCGCCCUGAUCCCUCCUCAGGUGGUGGGGGGCUAUUUCCUGAUGGGGACUGAGGAGAAGGGACGCCAAUCACUGGAUGAGCACGGUGGGCCCGAGCCGUGCCAGGGUGAGGAGCCCUUAUUACAGCCCCUCGGGGUGAUAGGGGAGGUUACAGGUGGGCAUGGAGAGGAGAGUGCCCCCAUCGCCCUCUCUACCCCACAUUCAUUCCUGGACUCCGAUCAGAAGCCUUCCACAUACUGUACGUUUAAGUUGCCCCCUGAAACGGCCCUCAUGCCCCUUCCCCCAAAUCCCCAUAGUCAAAGUCCGUAUCUGAAUGGGUCAUCUGAAUGGGUAGGAGAUACAACAUCGGAUGACCUACUAGAUGCCCACCAGCUGUUUGUUCCUUGGCCCGCUUUGCCACCUGAAAAUGACCCGUUACCCCCUUGUCCUCCAUUAGAUGCCAACCAGAUGCCCAUGGUCAGCGAGGGUGUGUUAGAUUUAGAUGAGACACCGCUGUUUACUUCCAAAACGCACCAGAGAAGUGACUGUAAGCCCCCAUCCUUUGAUUAUUUACCACCUGUGAUUGACCAAAUUCCUCUAGCUGAAUCCCGUCUACCUCGUCUUGAUGACCAUUCCUUAUUGUCUGUGGCCCCUAAAGAUCCUUGUACAGACCAGUCCCUCCAGUCAGAUUUCCUCUUGGACCCUGCCGCUGUAGAAUCGCCACCGUAUGACUCCAUCUUGGAUUUUAGUGCUGUAGAGUUGCCCCAAUCUUUCUCCCAGUUAGAUGAAGGUGAUGAACAGUUGCCCCAGUCUAGCUUCCAGUUAGAUGAAGGUGAUGAACAGUUGCCCCAGUCUAGCUUCCAGUUAGAUAAAGGUGAUGAACAGUUGCCCCAGUCUAGCUUCCAGUUAGAUGAAGGUGAUGAACAGUUGCCCCAGUCUAGCUUCCAGUUAGAUGAAGGUGAUGAACAGUUGCCCCAGUCUAGCUUCCAGUUAGAUGAAGGUGAUGAACAGUUGCCCCAGUCUAGCUUCCAGUUAGAUGAAGGUGAUGAACAGUUGCCCCAGUCUAGCUUCCAGUUAGAUGAAGGUGAUGAACAGUUGCCCCAGUCUAGCUUCCAGUUAGAUGAAGGUAAUGAACAGUUGCCCCAAUCUAGCUUCCAGUUAGAUGAAGAUGAACAGUUUCCCCAGUCUAGCUCCCAGUUAGAUGAAGGUGCUUUAGAGCUGUCCCAGUCUAGCUCCCAGUUAGAUGAAGGUGCUGUAGAGCUGUCCCAGUCUAGCUCCCAAUUAGAUGAAGGUUAUGUAGAGUUACCCCAGUCUAGCUCCCAGUUAGAUGAAAGUGAUGAACAGUUUCCCCAGUCUAGCCCCCACUUCGAUGAAGUUGAACAGUUGCCCCCGUCUAGUUCCCAGUUAGAUGAAGGUGCUGCACAGUUGCCCCCGUCUAGUUCCCAGUUAGAUGAAGGUGCUGCACAGUUGCCCCCGUCUAGUUCCCAGUUAGAUGAAGGUGCUGCACAGUUGCUCCAGACUAGCUCCUGGUUAGAUGAAGGUGCUGCACAGUUGACCCCGUCUAGUUCCCAGUUAGAUGAAGGUGCUGCACAGUUGCUCCAGACUAGCUCCUGGUUAGAUGAAGGUGCUGCACAGUUGCUCCAGACUAGCUCCUGGUUAGAUGAAGGUGCUGCACAGUUGCCCCCGUCUAGUUCCCGGUUAGAUGAAGGUGCUGCACAGUUGCCCCCGUCUAGUUCCCAGUUAGAUGAAGGUGCUGCACAGUUGCCCCCGUCUAGUUCCCAGUUAGAUGAAGGUGCUGCACAGUUGCUCCAGACUAGCUCCUGGUUAGAUGAAGGUGCUGCACAGUUGCUCCAGACUAGCUCCUGGUUAGAUGAAGGUGCUGCACAGUUGCUCCAGACUAGCUCCUGGUUAGAUGAAGGUGCUGCACAGUUGCCCACGUCUAGUUCCCGGUUAGAUGAAGGUGCUGCACAGUUACCCAAGUCUAGCUCCCGGUUAGAUGAAGGUGCUGCACAGUUGCCCCUGUCUAGUUCCCAGUUAGAUGAAGGUGCUGCACAGUUGCCCCUGUCUAGUUCCCAGUUAGAUGAAGGUGCUGCACAGUUGCCCCCGUCUAGUUCCCAGUUAGAUGAAGGUGCUGCACAGUUGCCCCCGUCUAGUUCCCAGUUAGAUGAAGGUGCUGCACAGUUGCCCCCGUCUAGUUCCCAGUUAGAUGAAGGUGCUGCACAGUUGCCCAAGUCUAGCUUCUGGUUAGAUGAAGGUGCUGCACAGUUGCUCCAGACUAGCUCCUGGUUAGAUGAAGGUGCUUCACUGUUGCCCAAGUCUGACUCCUGUCUUGAACCUGACUCAGUCCAGUUGUCUCAUUCCAUAAUCCAUUUGAAAUUUGACCCUGACCACUUGUCGCAAUCCCAGUCCCAUUUUUGCCCUGACCCAUUUUCCCAGUCUAAAUGCUGUUUGAAUGCUGAUGUUGACGAUUUGCCUGAGGCUGAGAUCUGUUUGGACCUCGGCACCGCUGAAUUGCCUGAAGCAGACUCCUGUGUUAUCGCCAAUGAUUUGGCCGAGGCAGACAUCUUUUUAAACCCCGAGGGUGACUUGCCCGAGGCAGAAGCCUGCUUGAACCUCGAUGUCAAUGAGCUGCCUGAAUCCGAUGCUUGCCUGAAUCCAGGCAUUGGUGAUCUACCGGAAGCUGAAAGCUUUGCGGUUUAUGAUGUUGGUGAGCUGCCCGAGGCUGAGAGCUUUUUGAACCCUGAUGGUGAAUUGCCAGAAGCUGAAGCUGGUUUCAACACUGGCAGUGAUUUGACAGAGGCUGAAUCGGGCUCCGCCAAUGUUACCGACUAUUUAUUCCGGUCUGAAUCCUGUUUACACUCUGACGUGGACCAGUUACCCCAGUGCCAUCCUUCUUUAAACUCUGAACGGUUAUCCCUGGCAAAAUCCUGUUUACACCUGGACACUAACCAGUUAUGCCGUCCUCAAUCCUUUUUGGCCCCUGACUUUGAACCGCUGUCUGAAUCCUGUUUCACCGCCGAUGAAGACCAGUUACCCCAAAUAGAAUCUCAUUUGCACUCUUUCGCUUACAAAUUAGCCCAUCCUGAAUCAGAUGUUGACAACAUUAACUAUGUGGCAUCUGGCUCUGAACAGGUAGGCCAGUUUAAUGGCACUUUGGAUCCAGACACUAACAAGUUACACCAGGCCAAGACCGACAGCAAUCUGUUACCCCAAUUAGAAUGCGGUUUACACCCAGACUCUGGUCCUUUACCCACUUUCCAUUCCUCUUUGGACCCUAAACCAGACCAGUUAUUCCAGUCUGAACCCUUUUGGAAGUCUGAUGUUGACCAACUCCACCUUUUUUCCCAGUCUGAAUCCAGUUUAGCUGAGUUAUAUCCUAAGGGUGAACUAUGUUCAACUUCUGAGCUUGAGAUCUUAUCCCAGUCUGAGUGUGAUUCAGGCCAAAACUCUGACCAUUCCGCCCGUUCAGAAUGUUGCCUGAAUUCUCAAAAUGAGCAGGUUUGUGAUGCCGGUUUGGACCAUAAACAAGAGUUGGCCCUCUGUAAGCCCAGUUUGAGUCUCCAGAUUGACCAGUUUCCUCUGCCCGACGCUUGUGCUCAACAUGACCCCAGCCAAUCACCACAGACGGAUUGCCUUUUUAUCCCAAAGUUUGCCCAGUGCUCCCAGUCUGAACCCUUUUUAGAUACCGACAGGUUAUCCCAGCCAAACUCGUAUUUGGAACUCGACACUGUCCAGUUUUCCCAGUCUGAUUUGGCCUUGGGUUCGAGUGCAUGUGAGAGUCUCAAUUCUGGGUCCUCCUUGACCCCUGUUAUUGAUACCUUGCCUCAAUCUGGGUUAUGUUUGGACUCGGAUAUUGAGCCAUUGCCUCUCUCUGAAACCUUUUUGGCUCAUGAAAAUGACCAGUUAACUUAUUCUAUUUUUGAGUCCGGCUCUGGGCCAAUGUCUCCUCCUCAAACCUCUUCCAACACUGAACAAAUACCUUUGUUUUCCGACGUUGCAGACAAAGAAAUUACUGUUUCUGAGUCCGCUCAUUGUGAAAGUCCCUUGACCAAUAAUGGUGACCUGUUGCCCCCAUCUGAAUCUGACUUGGGUGAUGACGCUGAUCUCUUCUGUCUCUGCGACACGUUUUUAGCCCAUGACACCGACCAAAUAUCUCUACCGGGUCUCCCUGAGACCAUUGACCCUGACCACUUGCCUUUUUCUGGAUCCGUUUUGAUCCAUAAUUCUGAUCCAUUGGCUCAAUCAAAUGUCCCCAAGGCUUCUGAUAUUGAGCACUUGCCUAUUUCUGACUCUGUUUUGGCAUGUGAUGCUGCCGAUUUUCAGCCCGGUGAAUAUUUUUUACUUCUAAAUGCUUUGCCUUUUCCAGUGUCCGAUACCACUGACCAUUUAGCUGGAUUGCCAGAAGCCUGUGAUGAAUCGGAUUGUGGUCACUUGCUAAAGCUUGAAUCUAGUUUAAAUGACGAUAGUGAUCAAGUCUUUCUCUAUGAAUCAUCUGUGGAUCACAACAUCCAUGAGAUGCCUCUUUCUGAUUCCCUCAUGCCUUCCCAUGCAAACCAGUUGCCACCAUCUCGACACCAUUUUGCUGACCAGUUGCCUAAUUGUAACUCUUUUGUGGCCAAUACCAGUCACCUGCCUUUAUUGGAAUCCUAUUUGGAUCUUGAUCAUGGCAACUUUUCCAAGUGUGACUCCAGUUCGAAUAACGAUUUGCCUUUAUCUGACUCUGUUGUAGCAGAAGAUGCCGACAAGUUCAUUGAAUCCUCUACAGGUCACUUCUCCGACCAAUUGCCACCGUCUCAAUCUUUUCAUGAUAUCGGCCUUCUGCAUCUUUCAGAAUGCCUAUUGUCCCCGAACUUUGAUGACUUGGAACUGUCUGAUUUGUGUUUGUCUCCUGACAUUGAUCAUUUUCCUUUAGAGGUGACCUCCGUAGACCCUGGCAAUGAAUUAUCCUUGUUUGAUGAGCUUUUGAUCAGCGAUGCCAACCAGUCACUUCUGAUUGAGUCCAAUGUUACUCCGACCAGCAAUGAGUUGUCCUUGCUUGAGUCUUGUUCGUCAAACGAUACUGACCACAUGCUCCUCUCUCAUAUGUCUGAACCUCCUCAUGAACACCAGUUGUCCUUUUCUGGUCCCAAUGCUCUCCUCAAAGAGGCUAAUGUACAAUUGUGUCAGUCCUUGACAUCUAAUGUUGACCAAUUAUUGUCUGAAACCUUUCUAGAAUCCAGUAAUAGCCAUUUGGCCAAUGAGGUAGAUCAACCUGAAUCUGCAAAUCGGCCAUCUUUGGAUUCUGCUUCAUGUUUUUCUCCGAUAACCCCAGCUAACACCAGUUUCUCAAACAGCAUUGUUGAAGAAUUCCAAAUCUCAUGGGACUGGUCUUCAGAUUUAGUCCAUUCUCAAUUCACAGGGGUCGGUUUGGACUGUGGCGCAGACACUUAUUUAAAUGUAUCUCCAAAUGACACUGGCAGCCAGGUUCACGAAAUUGAUGAUCGUUUUCCUUUAUUUUGUUUAGAUACGCCACCAGAAUCUCCCAUUGCGUCCUUAGAAAUAGAUCCGCUUUCCCUUUCAGACGACUUGCUGUCCCUUUGCGAUCUAUUCUCACAUUUACAAUCUAAUGAGAUGUCUUCCUCCGAUAUGAAUAGUGACCUAUGUUGUGCCCUCGAUAGUUUAUCACUGCACCAGACAGAUAGUGAGUUUAGAGCUGAGAAGGUACCUACGACCGAAGAAGAAAUGUUGUCUCAGGUAAAUGACCCCCAGUCAGCUAACCUGCCACCCAUGCCCUCAUCUAAUGGCCAAGUUGACUUUAAUAUCGGAGGUGAUGGCAUUUCAGACAACGACCUUCUCAAUAACGAUAUUGACCACUCUGAUUCUUACUGCUUGGACUUAUUGUUUGAACCUGAACUGGUUUCAUGUAAAACGCAGAGCUCCCCGAGUAGUCCUACUGUUCAUCCAUGUUCCCAAUUUCACUUUGACCCGUCCUUUAGAAGUACAUCUGUUAAUGUAGCCGGUCAUUUGCUUUGUGACGCAACCAAGCCUUCGCAAUCGCUUGUUUAUGAAACGCCAUCAACCUCUCCGCUGGAAAGCCUUUGUUUUGGUGAUCAUUUGACACCUGCAGGUCAGGCAGGUUCUCCUUUCCAAAGUAUCUCAUUUGCUCAGAGCGAUUCCUAUGUGGUUACUGAAACAGGAUCAGAAUUCCUUGACGAAACUUGCCAGCUACCGUUGAUUGUGGGGAAGGACCCUUUGGAUUUGUUGGAUGAUUUCACUGAAAACAACCAGGAUGUCCUGCUUGCAAAGUCUCAGGAAGCCAUACCACCGGAUAAAUUGGUUCAGCCAGAAAUAGACGACCCUAUUCUGGAGGAGAAAGCACUUUUUAGUGAACUGAAAGGGCCUGUUUUGUUGAGAUCGGAAGAACCAGAUUGUGACCAGGUGUGCUGUACAACUUCCGACUCGUAUGAGCAAUAUCCUUCAGUUGAUGCCACCCAGUCAAAGGCAGAUAUUGGUUUGAAGAGCCCUCUUCUGCCAUGUCGUACGAUGGCACAACCUGAAAAGCUUGCACUCUCCCGUACAGGCUCUCCCUUGGAAAUUACCCAGGUGCUUCCAUGCGAUUCCCACCAGCCUGCCGAUUCACAGGAUUCAGCCUCCGCCCCCUUCUCGUUUGGAGAGGGUGACCCGUUUUUGGCAUUUGCCCUGGAUAAUGACUCUCCUUGUGUCGGGGACGAGCUGGCCCGUCUCCGAGCUGUAUUUGAUGCACUGGAUCGAGAUAAAGAUGGCUUUGUGAAGAUGGAGGACUUUGUGCAGUUUGCUACUGUUUAUGGGGCAGAGCAGGUAAAAUACCUCACAGGGUACCUGGAUCCAGCUGGUCUGGGGGUUAUAAAUUUCCGUGACUUUUAUCGGGGUAUCUCCGAAAUCCAGAAUGAAGACCUGGAUAUGCAGCUGUAUGAUCUGGGAUACCCAUCCGAGGGAGAGCCCGCCUGCUCUGUGGAUUUUGAUGACUUGGCAGCAUUUGAGGUGACGGAGGUAACGGACAGCGCCUACGUGGGCUCGGAGAGUGCCUACAGCGAGUGUGAGACAUUCACAGAUGAAGACACUGGAGGACUGGCGGCUCAGGAAGACCCAGAAACUGAGGGCGAUGGGGCAGGGUCCCGCGGACACACAUCUGCAUCGCCUGAAGGUCUGGAGCUCUCUCUGUGUGACAUAUCGGUGGUCACUGUAGGUGGCCAGGAAGAGCAGUUUGAGGAUUUUGGUGAAGGAGCAGAACCAGAUCUGUACAACAGUCACUGCGAGGAUGAGCCGGACAGUUUCACAGAAACUUCAAACAGCACCCAACGGCUCACCUCCAGUGAUACCCCUGUGUCAGAGCGCCAACUUCUGGCACCCCCACCUUGUUCAGCCCUGGGGGGCUUGUACUGCAGCCAGUGCCACAAACACAUCAACCGCCUGGAAGACUUAUCCACCCGUCUCCGAUACCUCGAGAUGGACAGCCCCGACAAGAGGACCUGCAGCAGGAAGGAGGCCAGGAGACUGCAUCACAGCGGAUUCCUGGAGGAAGAGCCGGUUGAACAGCAGCAGACGGAGAUGGCGUAUGAUGACACGGACCUCACUGACAAGGUUCUGUACCUAGAGCAGCGGGUGAGCGAACUGGAGAGAGACGCAGCCACCACAAGCGAGCAACAGAACCGACUCCGACAAGAGAAUCUGCAGUUACUUCACAGGGCCCAUGCGCUAGAAGAGCAGCUUAAAGAUCAGGAGGUGCGGUCAGAUGAGGUUCAAAGUGAAGAGACUCGAAAACACAGAGACGAGCUGCGCAAGAUGGACCGUGACCGCAGCUAUCGGCUAACCAGUCUUAAAGCUAGACUACAAGAGCUAGAAAAUGAGAAUUUAGAUCUCCGAUCUCAGCUACCGGGUUUCAAGGCAACAGCACAGAGGUUAGAAGAGGAGAAGUAUAAACUGCUGGAUGAGGUGGAGGACCUCCAGCAACAGCUCCAAGACCACCAGGAACAGAACAGAAUACUGGGAGGAAAGCUCAGUAAGGAGCUACACAAACAGCAGACAGAGAAAGAACGAUGCCAAGAGAUUAUAGAGGAGCUGCGGCGGGAGCUGGAACAGAUGCAGCUCAUACGUCUUGAAAUGGAACAGAAGAUGGGGCUCGGAAACGGCGCCGCCCUGCAGGAAUACAACAGCCGCACCAGAGAGGCUGAGCUAGAACAAGAGGUCCGACGACUUAAACAGGAACAACGAGCCCUCAAGGAGCAGAAUGAAGAACUGAACGGACAGAUUAUCAAUCUUAGCAUCCAGGGAGCCAAAAACUUGUUCUCCACUACAUUCUCCGACUCCCUGGCUGCAGAGAUCAGCAGCGUCUCUAGAGAUGAGCUUAUGGAGGCUAUUCACAAACAAGAGGAGAUCAACCUCCGCUUACAGGAUUAUAUCGACCGUAUCAUUGUAGCCAUUAUGGAAACCAACCCAGCCAUUCUGGAAGUGAAAUUCUGCAAUGGAAAAACUAUAUUGCCUAUAGUAUCCAGAUUCUAAUUGAAAUCCUACAGUCUGUGUGAAAACAAUGUUUGGAAUUGGGGUUCUAUGGGCCACACACCAUUCUUCUCUUGCACACAAAUAAAUAAGAUCCGCUGUGAUGGAGGCAAAUUGACAUUUUCUGCUGUUCUUGCUCUUGCAGGAUCCAUUAACUCUCCAGUGAGUUCUGGAAGGAGGUUGAAGCUCUGCCCAUGAUUCAGGAUGCAGAGGAGGCAGAUUUGAUCUCAUUCAUGCUGGCCACCCCUGAAUGCACUCAGGCUCAGCCUAGCGCACUCUGUGAUGGUGGUGUGAGGAUCAACCUGCACAGGGAAUCUUGCUGCGCAACCUGAACCCUCUCUUGUUUAAGCCGCAUCUGAUGAGUGCAUUGAGGGAUUCUGCCGGGUUUCAGACUCCACUUGUUGCCCGAGAGAUCAUCACGGCCCAUGUAGAAUUUCCCUGGACUUAAAGGAAUGUAUGACGAGUGUCAUGAAGCCUCCUGCACCCUCCCCCCAGCUUUAUGUACUCAUGGGCAGAGCCCAGUUCACACUAAAAAUCCGAAUGUAUAGCAUCCACUCCUUACUAAAGGACUUAACUCCGAAUGGACCACAGACUUGAAGGCGGUUGAUUGGUGUAUGUUUAUGUAUAUAUUGCGUCAAUGCACAAAUGUAUAUAUGGUGUUGGUGCACAUGUGACCUGUUUGCAACAGCAGCACAGAGGAAUCCAGCAGUAAUGUUGUUAAUAAAUCAUUUGUUUUGCAUUCA